AUGGAUUAUGCAUUGCUCGUAUGCCCAGUGAGCUGGUCCUCACGAGCACGGCUCUGCAACAACGAAGACCGAUAUAUCAAGACCUCGCCUUCUCCUCCAUUUGAUACCCCAGGAAUUGGAAGUCAAUUUAUCGUCGCAAUGUUGAAUCUCAAUCAUAUGCUUUCUCUUCAUUUUCUAUCCCUUGUCACAACAGUGCAUGCGCUAGUAUUUGAUAACCCAGCGUUGCUUGCAGCCAGCUCUCGCCAACUCUAUGCUGCAGUAACACGUUCAGAUACUCAGCGCCGAGCGGAUGUCCUUACACCAGUGCAUGGUGCCAGUCUAACAUAUUCAGAUGGAGCUAGUGACAGUCGUGAUGGAACUUCCUUCUCUUCAACCGUCUCUUUUCAAUCCCGUAACCCACUGGUUGUGCUUGAACACAUCGAGAACCUCAUCGCCGAUGUCCAUUGUACGAGCACAAGCAUCACAAUCAGCUUUAACGACUUACGAGACUCCUACAGCGCUUGUGAGUCAUGGUCAGAUCUUGUGCAAGGACACCUCAUUGUGUCCCAGGAAGGCUGUGUCCGAGAAGGAUCCCGUGCCCCAUUCAAGGUUCUGUCAAUGACCUGCACACGAAUGCAGCCAAUAAUCAGCUUGAGUGUCAGCCAAGUCAAGUGGCACGACGCUUUCCAUGGAUUUCGCGUCAGCUUUGGGCGGAUCACAGAACCACUUGAACUAUAUAGCCACCAGAGGCCGAUGCACGAAAAACGGCAAGAAUCUGCGACUACCACCGCAGCUGACCCACUUGCGUCGUCCCUGAUACCUUCUGGCCCAGUUGCAACUGCCACUGCCGUAUCGAUCGACCUCUCCCACGAAGGGGAUGGGGGGAAUUGGUUUCCUGAACUCAAAACCUCCGCCCUACAGCUUCCCAUUGAUAUCGACUGCAAAGACUGCCUGACUAAGGGAAGUCUAGAGCUCUCGCAAGGAGAAUGGGAGCUCCUGGACGCUGCAGACUGGCUGGAUGCGGGCAGCUUCACAGAUAUCUUCAAGGUCGGUUUUGUACGGUUCAACCUCAAGGACUUUUUUGCACAUGUUGAACUCCAGGUCACUCCAUCGAUCGAAGGCUCCGAAUCCUUUGUGUUCUUCAGCUUGACGGUACCUGGUGUCACUGGCUUCACGCUUCCUGAGAUAGGUAAGGCCGGGCUCUUGCUCGAGCCACAGCUCAGUCUCUCGUGGAAACUUUCUGGCGCCGUUGAGUUGACCUAUGGCUUUGAACUUGAGAUUCCUAAUCUCGACAUUUUAAUAAACUUCUCGGAUCCGGGAUCAUCCCAGGUCACAGGCUUGGACGACAUUGGCCUCUCAGAUCUACCAUUCCAAGCCAACCUCGGCGACAUCGAACUCUCCGUCGAAGUCUCCCUACAGCCACGAGUGACACUAGGAGUCGAGUUCCUCGAAGUCUUGACCGCAGAAUCAGGGCUAUUCAUCGAUCUUCCCAAAACAACCCUCGUGCUCACGCAGAUAGCAACAGAUACGUUCGAUGCCAACUGCGAGCCCAUGGCCACCACCGACUCCGAUACCGACAAGGAAAACCUCCUACAAGACAUCUUUCAGAACCUAACGCACAUCACGACGGGCUACGAGGUCGGCAUCGGGCUGGACCUGCGCGCGGGCACGAACUUCGACCUGGGGUCGCUCGGCGUGAAGAACAUCGAGCUUACGAGCUCCCUGCCGCUGGUGGCGACCCAGCUCGACCGCCUGGCGGCUACGCAGUGCUUGGUUUUCCAGCCCGAUGCGACCGGCGGGCCGGCGUUCGCGAAGGCCACCGAGGCGCUUGCUGAUGCACAAAGUAGCAUGGCAGCGGCCUCGGCCUCGAGUUCGUCGGCUCAGGCUGUUGCUUCGGCUUCUGCCGCUGCGUCGGAGGGUAGCUCAGAUAAGGAGAACGCAGCUCAUGGUACGUACAUCUCGGCCUUGGGGUCAUCGUUGCGUAGGGUUGGCUUCUAUGGAGUUGUCUUUAUAGGUAACUUGUACCUGAGCUUGUAA